UACUGAGACACACGAACGGCUCUGGCAGCUUCUAAACACUGACAGCUGGAUUGUCAAUAAUGUUUCCUCCAGCUCUGGCAAUGGAUCAGUGCUGGUACCAUGGGAACAUCACUCGCUCCAAGGCUGAGGACCUGCUCUCCAAAGUGGGAAAGGAUGGUAGCUUCCUAGUGCGGGCUAGUGAGUCGGUCUCCUCGGCGUACGCGCUCUGUGUUCUGUUCCGGAAUUGUGUCUAUACCUACAGGAUUCUACCCAAUAAAGAAAAUAAGCUUAUUGUCCAGGCGUCGGAAGGCGUUCCAGUGAAGUACUUCGACAACUUGGACGAACUGAUAGAGUUUUACAAGAAGGAGAACAUGGGUCUGGUAUGGCACCUGAGAUAUCCUGUCCAACGGGAAGAGGAGGAGGCAGCUGAUGAACCAGAGGAGGAUGCGGACCCUGUACCAGCCCCACCCAUAUUACCCCCACGACCCUACCUGGUGGCACUCCCGGCAAGCGAGAUGAAAGAAGUGUCUCCUCUGAAUGAAAAUUCCAAGGUGGCAGAAGUCAGCAAACUGUCCCUUUCUGAGACGCUACUUCAGCGGCUGCAGUCCCAGGACACCAGCAGUGUUUCUGAGGAACACCUCAAGUUAAUCCAGGAUUAUCUGCGAGUUCACAUCACCAGCGACUUUGAGAUGGUGCAGAUGGGCUCCAGCAGUCUCCCACAGCUGAAGAAACUGCUCACAGUGCUCUGCAAAGGGCUCUUCAGUGAAGCGUCUCGGACUCUCCCUUCCCUGGAGUCCAUCCAGAAGGUGUUUGACCAGCAGCUGCCCCCUGGUAUCCAUCAGCGUUCUCAAUUGCUUGGGGAAGCCAGUCCAGUCAAUGUUGUGUUGAAGCUCAAUCAGCUGAUCUCUUUGCUGUCCUCGGCUGAAGAAAAGGUGAAAACACUGUUGAUUGAAGGACCUGAUUCAACACAUCGACGUUCUCUCAUCCCUCCUGUAACCUUUGAGGUGAAAGCAGAUUCUCUAGGAAUUUCCCAGAAAAUACACCUCAAAGUUGAUGUGGAGCUGGGGAAAUUGAUUAUUAAGAAAGCCAAGGAUGGUCCUGAAGACAAGUUCUAUAACCAUAAGAAAAUUCUGCAGCUCAUCAAGUCCCAGAAGUUCCCUAACAAACUGGUGAUCGUAUUGGAGACUGAAAGAGAGAAAACGCAGCGGAAAGAAUAUGUUUUCGCUGACUCUAAGAAAAGAGAAGGGUUCUGCCAGCUUCUGCAGCAGAUGAAGAAUAAACACUCUGAGCAACCAGAGCCUGACAUGAUCACCAUCUUCAUUGGGACCUGGAACAUGGGUGCUGCUCCUCCUCCAAAGAAGAUCACAUCCUGGUUUCUCUCCAAGGGGCAGGGAAAGACCCGGGAUGACUCCGCUGACUACAUCCCCCAUGACAUUUAUGUCAUUGGCACCCAGGAGGACCCCCAAGGGGAGAAGGAAUGGCUGGAAGUUCUGAGACAAUCCUUGCAGGAAAUCACCAGUAUCAGCUUUAAAAUGAUAGCAAUCCAUACGCUCUGGAACAUCAGGAUUGUCGUCCUGGCCAAGCCAGAACAUGAGAACCGGAUAAGCCACAUCUGCACAGACAACGUGAAGACAGGAAUUGCAAACACGCUGGGCAAUAAAGGAGCUGUGGGAGUCUCAUUCAUGUUUAAUGGAACCUCCUUAGGGUUUGUUAACAGCCAUUUGACUUCAGGAAGUGAAAAGAAACACAGGCGAAACCAGAACUACAUGAACAUUCUGCGCUUCCUGACACUGGGAGAUAAGAAACUGAGUCCAUUUAACAUCACCCACCGCUUUACUCAUCUCUUCUGGCUGGGAGACUUGAACUACCGCGUGGAACAACCUACAUCGGAAGCAGAGAAUAUUAUCCAGAGGAUCAAACAACAGCAGUAUCCAGAGUUGCUGGGUUUUGACCAGCUUCUCAUGGAGAAAAAGGACCAAAAGGUGUUUCUGCAAUUUGAGGAAGAAGAGAUCACUUUUGCUCCAACUUAUCGUUUUGAAAGAAAUACCCGGGAGAAGUAUGCAUACACCAAGCAGAAAGCAACAGGGAUGAAAUUCAAUUUGCCGUCCUGGUGUGAUCGAGUGCUUUGGAAAUCAUACCCCAUGGUGCACGUGGUGUGUCAAUCCUAUGGCUGCACCAGUGACAUCAUGACCAGUGACCACAGUCCUGUCUUUGCUACAUUUGAAGUUGGGGUCACCUCACAGUUUGUCUCAAAGAAUGAUUCCAAGUACACAGAGUUCCAGGGGCAGAUAGAAUUCCUGAGCUGCUGUGCCACUCUGAAGACCAAGUCCCAGACCAAAUUCUACAUUGAGUUCUACUCCAGCUGCUUAGAAAGCUUUGUAAAGAGCCAGGAAGGGGAAAAUGAGGAUGGGAAUGAAGGGGAACUGGUGGUGAAGUUCAUUGAGGCCCUUCCUAAGCUGACUCCGAUUAUUUCAGACCCGGAGUACCUGCUGGACCAGCACAUCCUGAUCAGCAUUAAGUCUUCAGACAGUGAUGAAUCGUAUGGUGAGGGCUGCAUUGCCCUGAGAAUAGAAGCUACAGAAUCGCUAGUCCCCUUCUAUACUGUGCUAACCCACCAUGGUGAGAGAACAGGGGUCUUCCAAGGUGAAAUCAAGUUACAGACAUCGCAAGGAAAGCAGAGAGAGAAACUGUACGAUUUUGUAAAGAUUGAACGGGAUGAGACUGCUGGGCAGAAACCAAAGGGCAUCAGCAGCCUGGAUCUCACCAAAGAGUGGGAGCAAUCUAUCAGAAAAUCAAAAUCUACUCACUUGAUGGCUAAAGAAGCAGCAGCUGUUGCUCGCUUUCGGGGAAAUGCUUCCUCUCCUCCAGACGCACAGGGCAAGGAUGACAUGUUACGCAGCUCCACCCCCACGGACAUCAGCAAUCCCAACUAUAUGGGGGUGGUCUCUUUCUCUCAGCAACUCUCUGCACCCGGCCAGCUUAAGCAGAGCCCUUCAUCAGACCAGCCAUCUGCCUUCUGGACCUAUGACCAGCAGCCUAAAGAGAACGUCCCUGUGAUGGGACACCGGGAAUCUACCUCCACGCCUUCCUCCCAGUCCCCCCUGUCUCCAAAACCAUCCAUUCAGCCUACGACAAACCGAAGUUCUGGCCCCAGGAGUCAAGAGCAUGUGCCAGCUGACAUGGGAAAAAGUGUGGCGGAGCCUUUGCUUCAAGAGGAAAUUCAGCAGAAGCCCGAGAUGUUUGACAACCCACUGUACGGUGCCAUGAGCUCUAAGGGGAAGGUGGUAUCCAAGAAGGAACAGGACUACACCCCAGUCUUGCGAAAGGAGCACCAAGUUAUUCCGAAUCAUGGCGCCCUUCUCACUAAGCCGCAAGAUGCCGACAGCAGCAAGUCUUCCAACAAGCAGCCAUCCCCUCCUUUCCUGAUCCCCACGCCCAGAUUCCGGUCCUACACCUGCUCCAGCCAAUCUGAGGAAAAGACUAUAAGUGAAAAGGCUCAGGGCAAGCAGAAGCCCACUGCCUCCUUAGAAAACCCAGCACCACUGAAAAAACCAGUCAAGCCCUCAAGGUCUGAAGUUGGUCCAAGCAGUCAGGGACAGUUCAGCAAACCACCUCUUCCUACAAAGAGCCGGGCAGUACUAGACAUGCAGACUACCAAGGGCCGAGACUACCGGGAGAGUUCAGACCUCCCUCAUCAGGGAAAGCAUCGAACCGAAGAGGGGACAGUUGGUAGGACAGCCACACCGAACACCAAUUCCCCCCUCCACCCGGCCCCACCACCACCCAUCACCCCCCGGCCUCUCCAGCCGAGAGGCUACACGGGCAGAGGGUGCACCACGGACCCGGCCGCCUUCUCUCCACUGCCACACCCCGACAGCAGGAGGCGGCGAGGCCGGGCCCAGGGUGCGCCCGGAGGGCCUGGUCUGCCCCGCAGGCGCUGCACCGGGCUGAAGGGGUCGGUUGGGCCUGUGUCCAGCCCCACAGGGAGCAGGCGGGGCGGCUCCGUAACGGGCGAAGUCUCUAUGCAGGUCAAACGCCGUCCCCGUUUCUCUGCUGCUUUCCGCGCCACCCCCAAGAUGGCAGCGACCUUCCUCUCUUUGUGCCACCUUCAAGAUGGCGGGCCGCGAUUGCGACUCGCCCGCGGCGAGUCCAGUGAAGGCGCCGCCCGUGCUGGCAGAGCCUGCGGUGUCCGCCAGGGCCCUGACUGGAGGCGGCUGCUGUCCGGGUCGGGCAGCCCGGCGGCGGCGGAGGCAGCUGACAACGGCUUUAUUGUGCGACGCGGAGCGCUCAGGCCCCCCGGUGAUGUGCGGCUCGGGAGAAUGGCGCCGGUGGGGAGCGGCCGAGCGGGACUGUGGCUGUGGCCAGGCUAG